AGACUUAAUCAACACGUUCGCCUACACGUUUUGCGAUUGUGAGGCGACCUAUGGAAACAAGAUAAUGAUUCGGAAACAAUAAUGUCUUACGAAGAGGAUGACUGGUUCUCGUACAGAACAGAGUUCAACAAACGGGCAGACAGUCCACGAGCAGCCGGGAACUAUGAUUUUGAGUCUGGAAACAUUGAUAACAUCCCACUCAAUGAUGACGGACCAUUAUCACCCAGUCAAGAUUUCGAUUUAGCUGGAACACUCGAGGAAUACGAAUCGUAUGAUUUGAGAUUAUCACCGAACGGAGGACUCAAUCGAGAAGAUCAACAACCAGGUCCCAGUGGAAAUAACGAUGGACAAUAUCAUGUUAUGCAGAAUAAUGAUUCAUUUGCCCAGCAUAUGCAAUCAUCGAAUACAAUUGAGUAUAACUCAUUCGAAAUGCCCACUGUUAUCAAUUCUAAUCAUGACGUCGGCCCGUAUCAAGAUCUUGGUAUUGAUGACCCUAAUUCGUUUUAUGCGAAUCAACAGCCAUCAACGUCACAAGGGAAUGAUAUGAUAAUCAAUGAGAACUAUGAAAUGAUGGGUCCAUCGACAUCAUAUAUGCCACAAAUAGAUCAUAUGAAUCCUUCUGGGAACUCUUCUUCGCAGAUUAAUCAUCAACAGGGAAUGAUUGUUCCACAAGUUCAACAACAGCCCGCAAAACCGAAGACAACAAAAAAGAGGCCUCCACCGAAGAAAAAGACAGCUGCUCAAGCGCCUGAUACAGUUGGUACAGUACUCACGAAAGUGAAUAAAUUAACUCAACAGAUUGACAACAACAACGACAAUCAAGAACAAAAAAUUGAGACACGAAUAUCUGCGGAAGACUUGGUUCGAGUCAGCGCGCUAUUGAGCAGAUUGGAUGUAUAUCAGAAAGAACAGGCACAAGGAAAUAACACUCAUGAUCAAGAUAUUGAAGCGCUUCAAGCUGAAAUAGCACAGGUGUUUACCAAGAAUAUGGCAAUGAGUGCGAAUGAUGCUCCAGGAAACAGUAUACUUAGUCAAAUUCAAAAUCUCACAAGUAUUGGUAGCUCAGCUUCAUCAUCUGCACAGCCUUCUCAACCUGCCAAAAAAGCUGCUCCCAAGAGAAAAACCGUACCGAAUACGGCAAAAAAUCUCGCUCAAAAUCAGCAGAUAAUGCCACCACAGGCUCAAAUAACGCCUACCAAACUCGUUAUGGAUCCUCCGACAACAACGAUGGUUCCAAGUAGCAGUCAGUCGAAUCAUAUGUAUAGUAAUGAUGGCUUCACGACAUACAAUCAAAUGGAUGAACCCGGAACGAGUCAGCAACAACAAUAUAAUGAUUAUCGACAGCCUCCAUCUCAGGAAUCAAUGCAAUAUGGUCACCAACAGAUUAUUCAAGCAAGAGUUGUGCCUUCUAUGAACCAGAAAACUCAUAACUAUCGUCAAGCAGUAGUGUUUGCAUCUCCGAAUACAAAUGGACCGUCAUCACAACUACAACGGCCACAAUCCGGCAUGGAUCAAAUGCAAGACCAACAAUAUCAUGCUCAGGAUCUUCAAGGAUCCCAAGUUCAACAAACAUUCGUUUCUGUACAACAUGACGGGCAAAUUUAUCAAGAAGUGGAGCCAACGUUGAGAGAUUUUGUUCGACAGGGAAGGUACCAAGGUCCACAGGAUGCACCGCAUCUUCGGCAACAGUUGAUCACAAAUGUAAAUGCGACAACAAACAAGCAAAUGGUUCAUCGAAGUCAAGAUCCGACACCAUCGCCUGGAAACCUCCAACAAUUCGGUGAACCUCUUCAACGCCAUGGAAGCUAUCCACAUAGUCAUGAUAUGAGACCAAAUUCACAUUCACAAUCUCAACACAGCUACAGUAAUCAUUACGAUGGAGCCACCGAGUUCUUUGAUGUGUCAAUGCAACAUCAAGAUAGUCAAAUGUCACAAAUUCAACCAGGAUCACAACAUUAUGUUCAACAACAAGAGCUGUAUCAUCCAAUUGGAGAUCAACAACAAAUGGUUGAACCUGAAUCAGAAUAUCCGGUUCCCCAGGUUACCAAUGAGUUGAGCGAAGAAGAGUUGAGAGCUAUAAUGGAAGAAAAACGACAGAUUCGACAGAAACGAUUGAAAGAUAUCAUGAUAGAUCAACUGAAUCGAUUAGAAGAGCCCGUGGAUGUAACUCCUUUCAGAAAUAAGAUGGAUGUUUUGGAACGACUACUUCCAUAUCAUCAUUUUGCAAAUGAAGAAGAACCAGUGUCAGAUUUUGAUUCUACGUUUCAAAGAGUUAUGGAUAAUGCUGUACAUCAGGCGAAUUCCAUCGGAAAUCGAAUUCGAAAUAUCGUACUUCGUGAUACUAUGAGAUCUUCGACAGAGUGGGAAGAGAACAUGAUCUUGUUCCUUGAAACAGAAUCGGAGCGUCGAAAACUGGAAGAUGAUAAGAAAUUGGCUGAUCAAGAUCUGAGCACAUUUUUGCGUAAUAGUGAUAUAAUUCAAAACGUGAGAGCUAGAAGAUUGGAUGUGGAACGAACGCGACUAAGGGUUCCUCGAAUUCCAGCACAUUUGAAAGAACUUGAUCUUCAAAACGGCCAGCUUUCGUCGCUGUAUCGAGAAUACGAGUUCGAUUCAUACGAUGAAAAUCGUCCACGUGGAUCACCAUUUGUCUACGAAGAGCCAGAAUCGGAAUCUGAGUCGGAACCAGAAGCAGAGCCAGAACCGAAGAAGGACAAUUUCGCCGAACCGGAACCAGCUCGUGGCGAUAUUUCUCCACUCAUCGGUUUCCCUCAAUUAUCACCGAUUCCUUCUCCGUCAAGAUAUCGAAAUGAGAGUGAGAGCACGUUUGAUUGGAAAGAUGAAGAUGAAUCCCCGUUGUUGUCUCCAGAAACUGAAAAAAUCAACAAAGCUGCAGAUCAGUUUCGAAAGGAAAUUUUUGGGACUCAAGAAGAUUUGGAUAAAUCGGAACCAUUUCCGUUUGAACAAAUAUCUGAAGCUGCUCGGAAUCAACAUCUCAUCACAGCUCAACCACAACUUCCUCGAGUGGAUGCCAGCUCAAUUGGAUCUCUUGCAAGUUCUUCAUCGACAGUUGAUCACAGUCCACAAUCCAUCCAUCCAGUUUUCUCACCCAAAGCUGCAAUCCAGUCAAGUUCAGUUCAAGUUAUGAAGCCUCCACGAAGUCCUAGUUCUGUUUCGUGUAAACUAUCAACGCCAUGUGUUGAACAGUCUCUACCAGAGGAAAGUCAUUAUGAAGGUUCACCUGAAAUUGACGAGGAUUAUGAUAUGUCUCCGAUCAGAGAAAAUGAGCCGGCCGAACUAAUUUCACUUCCAAUUUCAGUAAAUAUGAUCAAGAAAGAGAAAGAGGAUUCUACUCCAAAGUUGAAAUUACGGAUCCCAGCUGCUGUUCUUCAGAAUGGUAUUGUUGCAAGUGAAGAUGAGAGUGAUGUGGCAGUUGAGGAAACUAUUCCUGCGAUUCGGAAGCCGCUUAAGCUGAGGUUCAAUCUAAAAGAUAUCAAGUUGGAAGAACCGUCACCAGAUCGAGAUGUAGCUAGCAGUCGUCCAAAAUCGAGAACUGAGCCGCCUCCAACUCCAGAAAAGUUGCAUGUUAAGAUAAAAGCUUCACCAGCUGAGACGACGCCAACGAAGUUACAAUUGAAAGAAAAGUCGCCAGCAAAAACGCCAGUUUUCAAGACUCCACUGCAAACUCCGAUCAAGAUGACACCUUCGCCAUCUGAAUCGAGAAAACGUAGAAGUGCAAAAAUCGAGGAUAGUCCAGCCCAGAAGAAGAAACUUUUGAAUUCGGGUAGCAGCUUUGUAACUCCAAAGAAUGGAUUGAGGGCUGAACUGGACGAGACUGUCGAGAGACCUCUACGAAUUAUGACCGAUGGACGGAAGAUUGUGAUGAAGAUUAGCAAAGUUUCGAGAAACAUCAAUCACUUUGUUACACCGCGCAGAGAUAAGAAAGGAAAUCUUCAUAAAGAUCUAUCCCCGACGAAUUAUACACGAUUAACGAUGAAGCUGAUGAAGAAGAAAGGGGAAUUAUCAGUUGAAUUCACUGAAACUCCCAAUAAGAAUAGUGAGGAAGACGAUCAUAAGAUUCCAAACAUUCCUAGCACGAGUACUUCAAUUCCACCUGCUUCAACAGUCGUUUCUUCCGUUUCCGUGAAGGGUAGACCUGCUCCUGCUUCAAGAAAAUCGUCGAUCGACACUGCUGGAAAGGACAAGAAAGGGCAAUUAGCAAAGAAUAAAGCUGCGUUUUGCAAUCGUUUUAAUCCUUUCGCAAACGUUCCCAGUUCGAAACCAUCGACUUCUUCUGCUGUUUCUGCUACUCCCUCAACAUCUUCUGCAGUAUCCGCAAAGCUUCCAACAGGAAAGACACCUGGUCGCCCCGUCGCUCUUUCAACUCCAAGAUCUUCGCAUAAGCCACCACAAGCAGUUGUUGCUCCACGUCCAAAUUUGAUUCGAACUGCUCCGGUUGUACCGAAAAUCACUGUCACAAAUGCAUCGGAGAGCAGUCUUCCUUCUAAAUCUCAUAUCCCAAUUGAAGUGAAACCAAAGUUGUCUUCACUUCUUCCAUGGGUAUCAGACACCGAUGAAAGCCCUGAACAGAAGCAUAAAUUGAAGAAAACGAUGCCUUCAAUUAAUUUAUUAAAAGUGAAAACGGAACCUCCGGAAGCUGAUGCUGUUACAUCAAAGCCUGAAUCUCCUCGUGCAUCAUCGUCGAUGUCGUUUUUUGAAGACGCAUUUCUACGAUCCCCAAAACGAUCGAAUGAGCCACUGCCUGUUGUCGAAUUUUCUGACGACGAGGAGAACGAUUUGGCUCAUUCGACAUUCAGUCAUGCCACUGAUCAUUUGCUAGGAACUAGCAAUAUGAACAGCUCAACAAAUGGAUCUUCAUCAGGUCUACCUUGGUCCACGGAUCCCUAAGUGCCAUACGACGUCUCAUGGCUGGUCCAUCAAUACAAUCCCCAUUUCUCAAUUUUCUAGACUGUGAUUCUGCCUUCCCAUUCCCAAAAAUCAUCGAGCCCGUUACAUUAUAGGAUAUCUAUGUGCUUACUAUUUAUAAUCUCUCUUUUUUUCAUAACUUAAGACCUCUUUCUCAUUCAUUUUCAUGGUGCUUUUUUCUCAAACCUUCCCCAUCAAACACAUCCUUUUUUGAUUUCAUUGAAGAAUCGGUCUCGACACGUACACCACGUCUUUUACAGAAGAAACCUCCCUAUGUACUCUUCUGGUUGUUCUUGUCUAAUAGUCAAUUCACUUUUCGAAUUUUUUUUUCCAUCGAACUCACUAUUUUCUCUUUUGUUUAGUCAAUCUACCCCAUUUCUCAUUCCGUGCUCAAAACUCCCUUCAUUUUUCAUUGUUACAUUUUUGUGAGUUCCAAUUGAUAAUUGUGAUUUUCGCGGGUACGAGAUCUGUUUUCCAAUUGUUAUCAUUUAUAUUUACUUAUUCCUGAUUUUUUUUGUUCAUUUUACAUAUAUAUCUGUUCCAUAGAUGUAGUUUUUUUUCCAUUUUCAAAAUGUAUAAUUUAAAGUAGUAAAUACUUAAAAUUUUACAAAAAUAGAAAACUGAUAUUUU